AUGGGCGCUUCCGCAUCCCUGGCGGGCUUCUCCUCGCACGCGGCCUGGAGCAUGAAGUCUGUGCAGGCCCGGAUCAUGAGCGGGCAGUGGAACCCGCUGGCCGACGUCGAGACGGGGAGCUGGAUGCCCUUCAAGUGGCGGUGGUGGAAGGCGUUCGUCGUUCUGGAGCGCCUGCGUUCGGAGGAGGUCCAGGAGGGCGAGUGGGUCGUCUACCAGGACAGCACCAGCUACGUGCGGAGCGGCUUCAACGAGACGCACGCGGCGAAGCUGUCGGCGCUGCUGGGCGCCCUGGAGGCCGCGGGCUCCGACGGGCUCGCGGGCUCCGUGCUGCCCCCGUCGGUCCUGUGGGAGUGGACGCAGCGGUGCACGCCCAGCUACUCGGUGACCAGCUUCGACGAGUGGCGCACCAUGGGCGAGGGCCAGCUGCUCGCGGAGCUCUCCGCCGCGCUGGAGCGCGCGGGCCUGUGCGGGGAGGGGGACGGCGCCUGCCGCAGCGACUUCCAGGGCCAGGCCAUGCUGCAGAACUCCUGGGUCGCCUUCCGCAAGGGUGCCGCCGCGCUGAAGUUCGUGGACAGGUGGCUGCGCAGCAACUGCGACGAGGCGACCAUGCGGGCCAUGCCCUUCGCCGACCAGUCGCUGCUCCAGCUCCUGGCCCACCGUGCCACGGCCUCCGGCGAGCUGGCCCUGCACGCGCUCCGCUUCCCGGCCAUGAGCGCGACCCCGCCCGCACCUGAGGCGAUGGCGGACCGGGGCUCCCUGGCCAACAGGGUGAAGCACCUGGGCGUGGCGCUCGACGA